AGACGGCUUCGCCUUUCGCAGCGUGUUACCUCGAUGGCUUCGCUUCAAACCAAACACCAAACCCCCCCUUCUACUUUGUAUCACCAUUUCUCCCCUUUCUCUUUCAAUGGCCUCCCGAUUCGCGUUUCAAUCCACCAAUUUUCAACCCUACUACCAGGAUUCUGCUGGAUCAGAAGAAAGUGCAAAGUUCAUAGCUUGCUCAUCUUAUGGAUCAAAGUUCAGUAUGAAAGGGCAAGAUAAUGAUAACAUCUUGCAUGGAUUCCUUUUCAAGAAUGGCAUUUCAACAUCUCAAAAUAUCACACUACAUCAGUCUUCAUCAAGAUCACUAUCAUCCAUUGCUUCUUCUGGCAACAACAAGAUGAUAGCCAAGAAUAAUCCUUCUAUAGAUAUAACAAACAGAGAUGAUUUGGAACUCAACCGUGUUAAUCAUCUUGUAUGGGUAUUACAUGAAUCAGCCAGAAGCUUUUCCCUUGCAAUUCAAAAUCUACAAUUAGCUAGAAGUGGUCCUGAGCUAUCUAAUGCAUGGAUUGGAGUCGAUGUCCAUGCAUGGCAUAAACGCACUGCAUAUCAGGUAGCAGUAUAUGCUUUAUUGAAAGCUGCAAUUGAAGUGGAGUUAUUUCUUUCUCAAAAACGUUGCAACAGUCCUGUAAGUGAAAUUUUGUCCACAAAGACAUUGUUUCUUGGAGAUUUUGUUGAAAGUCAGUUAUAUGCCAAACACCCAAGAUUAGUUCAGUGGUUUAGAACUGUAGAGCUUCCACGUAUAGCAGGAUCAUUUAUCCCACUCUUCAAAAACUGGUCUAUGGAAUAUGCUGGAAGUGGUGUUGCAGGAGUGAUUCUGGCUAUAAGUUGUUGCACUGCAGUGAGAAAGUUGGGGUCAGGGCGUAUUGCUUGUGGUUUAUUCACAGACUCCAUUAAUGAUGUUUUAGUGGAGCUUCUGGACUUAUCAUGCAGCCUUGUAACAGUGGAUAAAAUGCAUCAUUUGGCACUUGAAGCAGGAUUUGAAGAUGAUUUUUUGUUUCAUUUUGGUAAAAAGGUUUUGCCAAAUAAGAAUAUUGAAGAUGUGGAAUUUUGGAUUGGAUUGGUUCAGAAAAAACUUUUGGUAGCAUUUCAUAGAGAAAAUGUAGUAACAGGGAAACUGACAUUCAAUGACAAGAUUGAGGAGAUUACUUUGGCUACACUUGGGAUUUUUGCAUUUCUGGGAAGAGAAACAAGAUUAUUCUUGUCAGAAAUGAACAUAAAGGAUCUUGAUGAUCAGACAAAGGAUUUCCUCAGUUACUUGGAGUGUGGUUGCCUGUAUAUUUAUCCUGAAUUUAGCUCCCUACCUGAGUACCAGCUCUUCAUUGAGGUGGUUAUAGAGGAAAUUGGAUGGCUUGAUUUUUAUUCACCACUUAGAUUAAAAUUCCAUCAUGAUGGAAGAAGAUCAAGACAACAAGCUAUCCAAGCAGAAAAAGAGAUUAUUCUUUAUACUGUUCUUACUGUUUGCUAUGAUGUUUUUUCUGGAUAUGCUCAUUAUACAAGUUCCUCCCAACAACCCAUGGAUGCAAAUUUGCUUUCUUUUUUGCUUCGAAGUCAGUCAUUAUUAUCGUGUUGUCUUGAGGAGUAUUGGGCUGCUUAUGAUAAAUCAGGUGAAUUAAUGAAAUUUUCGGAGAGAGUUUCAUCUGAGUCAACAACACCAUCUGCUCCAAGUAAUAAAGGGACAACAAAUUCAUCUGCUUUAUUGGAAGCUCAACAAAAUCCAGUUGACAUGAUGAAAAGGAGAAAUAGUCAAGAUGGAUCUACAAUUAAGAAGGUGAAAGAGAGGGGAGGUGGAGCCGAAACAAAGCCGCUGUAUGAACGCUUUAUAAGGGAAUCCACCAUGAAACUGGUUGCUGCGAGUAAUGAUAUAUGGAUGGGCACUCGAUUACUAUUUAUAGAUGUAAGGGACACUUUUACAUUGGUGAUGAAACAAUUAUAUGGUAAAAAGAUUACAAAUAGAGAAAGAGGGAAAAUAAAACGAACACUCAACGAUCUUGCCACUCUUGUCCCCAUUACAAUCCUAAUGUUAAUACCUGUUUCAGCUGUAGGGCAUGCAGCGAUGCUAGCAGCAAUCAAGAAAUACAUCCCAUCAUUGAUUCCGUCUCCUUAUUCAUCUCAACGGUUGCAUUUGGUGAAACAACUGGAGAGAACAAAGAAGAUGGAGGUGGAAUCAGAUGUGGGGCGGAGUAGUAAAGAAAAUGAAGAAGACAAGAGUUUGAGAGUGACAAUGCCAUAGAAGAUGAGGGGUGUAUAUAGAAUCAAUAGAUAGAUGGUAAUGAUGUAUAAUUACUAAUUAGAUGUUUCAUAAGUUAAUUUCAAUCCCAAUUGCAAAUGUAGGUGCAUGUUGGGGUUGUAAGUUAUAUGGUACCAUGAGAUCUUAGUUUUGUUCCUUUAAAAGAUCCGUGUAGGAAGAUAAAGUUGUCUGUUUACAUGUCGGUAAAAAGGUAAAUUUUCAGAGUCAAAGUGGGUCGGGUCGGGCUGUUGAUGGGCCAAUGUCUUUUGGUU